AUGGAUCUUCAUAGCCAGGUCGACGUCACAGGGGAUGGGCAGCACUCGGCGAUUAAUGCCGCCAUUUGUGCUCAUGGACUCACUACACUAGAUCUCCUAAGCAGUGCGUACGCGUCAGAUCGUGUGGGGGCAUCCAGUCAGCUUGCCAAACGACUCGGUAGGUCGAUCCGAGAGGUCGACACGUACUUGGACACCAUCAAGGACAUGGCAAGUUCAUCAGUUGUGCGGAAUGAUAUUCGGAAAAGAGAAAUCAUAUCGACCGGACUUCCAACACUCGAUGAACAAUUAGGUGGAGGAAUCCGAAUGGGUGAGAUCACUGAAGUAUUUGGAGCUAGUGGAUCUGGGAAAUCCCAAUUCUUAUUGAAUCUUACGGGGAAACAGAACCUGAAAUGUGUAUAUAUAUCUACCGAGUCCACCAUAGAAACCAGAAGAUUGGAGAGUAUGGCGCUGGAUAAUAUCAAUAUCAUGGACAAAGUGUAUUGUGUGUAUUGUCCUGAUCUUGAAAGUCAAGACCAUAUCAUUCAAACUCAGCUUCCUGUGUUACUUGAAAAUGACGUAGAGCGUGAGAUCAAGCUUGUGAUUAUAGAUAGUAUAUCACAUCAUCUAAGAAGAGAAGAUGCUAUAUCCAAUGUUUCAUAUCUUCGUACCAAAAUAUCUGAACAAGAAAUGGAAUUGAACGCUGUUCCUGAGUAUGCAGAUAUCAAGGCUGGAUUGGAUGCUCAACAUGGUGUAUUUUUCAAAGGUAGUCCUAUUUACCGGAAUAUUUCUGCUAGAACGUUGUACGUAUUACAAUUAUACAGAAGUUUACAACAACUUGCACUGAAGUAUAAUCUUGCCAUUGUGGUUGCAAACCAAGUCAGUGACAAACCAGAUACUAGAGAACCGUUGGAUAAUCCACUCAGUUAUGAAAUGCAAUUGGGGCAUUUUGCCGGUUGGGAUAUAUCAACCAUUCUACUGCAUCAAGGACGGGCCCAAAAUUCAAAUGAAGAAAUCAAAUCUACAUACGCUGAAUUGUUACAAUCGCUUGAUACCAACAAACGAACCAAAUUACAAGAUCACCCCAAUGGAGAUUUUGAUCCAAGGUAUGCUUCUAAAACUGCCAAAAACUUGUCACAAUCACAAACAGAAUUAUUAGACAAACUUCACAAUGCUACAAAUUGUACCACGAAAAAAUACCUCCCUGCUUUGGGAUAUCAAUGGACAAGAAGAAUCACCGCAAGAAUACUACUCAUGAAAACUUACAAACCUAAGAUACUGAUGCCUUCUUCUUCUUCUUCUGGUGGGUCUGUUGAUCCAGAAACGGGGUUGACAUACGAUCAAUUAAUGGCCGGGUUCAAUAUGCCUGACCUGCAAAUUGAAGGAGUUAAAAAAAGACCACAUGGAAAGGACACAAACCAAAGGGUUGAUGCAAAUACACUUGCACAAUUGGUGGAAGGAUGGAACAUAGAGCGAUAUGCUAGAGUUGUAUCGUCCCCAUACACUGCCACCAACAGUGAAAGCCCUUCCAGGUUCAACAAGAUCCCAUUUGAAAUUAGUACUGGUGGUAUACAUGAGGGCUUACAUAAUGAUUAA